ACUGUGGUUGUAGGGCCAGCACUGCUUUUAUUAGGUUAAUUUACCAAUUGAGCUGCUGACAAGCCCUGUUUUUCAUAUGUUCAGUAUGUAAGCAGAAUAUGUGUUCUGAUCUCUGGGUAUGAAGUGCUGAGGUUCAGGUACGAUAAUGAGCAACACCUUCAUUGCUUGCUCCCGUAGACUGGCGCCAAUCCUUCAUCUACACUGCGUAACUCAACUGGGAGCAACAGGGGACGCCCUUUUUAGAAUUAGCUCUCUUCACUCUCUAACUAGGCUAUAUUUAGAGCUGGUAGCAUAGAAGCACCCAUUGGUGCACAUAGAACAUUUAUGAGGAGAGUUCAGAGGAAGAGUUAGGGAAGACUCUGGUGGACAACCCAUGAAUAAAAAGUAAGACUUAAUAUUUGUGACAAAGACAAAGCUGGAGUAUACAUUGCAUCUGAGGAGCCAUUUGUGUGUACAUGGUUGCAGUGGGUUUUGGUUUGAGUGUAAAAAAAAGAGGAUUGGAGGAUUUUUUUCCCUCUAGCUUCCUUGAAGAUUGUUUUAGUUAUCUUUUUUAAUUUCAAUAUUUGUUAAUAUUUUAUGAGGCCUUUUACUUUUUGGCUUUCUUGCUGAAACCACUUUGUCAUAAUACUUGUGUAACAAUGUUGAAUGUGGAGGGAAAUAUCGAGAGAAAGGAUGAGAGUGAGAGGGAGAACAUGCCGUUGCCCAUGGGAGCUUCUCCCAUGCCGCCAGGAAGGAUUGGUCUUCCAAGCGAUGUGCCCGGUGGCAUCUAUUCGGCCAUUUUGAAUCGCAACCAUACGGUCCUUGAUGCUAAGCGGCUGAAGAACUUCAUUGAGCUGAGGGAUAAGUACUUCAGCAAGAAAGUGCUCUUUGAGGACCCCCUGUUCCCUGCUGAUGACUCCUCCCUGUUCUACAGCCGCCAGUUUCCCAUCAAGUUCCAGUGGAAACGCCCACCCGAGAUCUGUAAAAACCCCCAAUUCAUUGUGGGAGGGGCCAACCGGACAGACAUCUGUCAGGGAGAUCUGGGUGACUGUUGGUUGCUGGCUGCCAUUGCCUCCUUGACUCUGAAUGAGAAGCUGCUUUACAGAGUCAUUCCUCCUGACCAGAGCUUCACAGAGAAUUAUGCAGGAAUCUUCCACUUCCAGUUCUGGCGUUACGGUACCUGGGUGGAUGUUGUUGUUGAUGACCGCAUCCCCACAUACAAUAACCACCUGGUUUUCACCAAGUCGGCCAAAAACAACGAGUUCUGGAGUGCUUUAUUGGAGAAGGCCUACGCCAAGCUGCAUGGUUCCUAUGAAGCCCUGAAAGGGGGGAACACCACCGAGGCCAUGGAGGACUUCACGGGAGGGGUGACCGAGUUCUAUGAGACAAAUGACGCACCCAAGAACCUCUACAGCAUCAUGAAGAAAGCUCUGGACAGGGGAUCGCUCAUGGGCUGUGCUAUUGAUGAUACCCUGGGCUUCUCGCCCCCUCCCAAUGUGAUGGGCCCUCUUAUUGAUAAGAUGCUUGCUGAUGGCCAGGCCAGCAAACCUGUGGGUGCACGUGCUCGGUCUGGGGUGAUCAUUACAACACGGCUAGAAACCAGAACUCCCUUAGGACUUGUCAAAGGCCAUGCCUACUCUAUUACUGGAGUGGAUGAGUGCACAGUUGGCAAGAACACGAAUGUGCUUCUCAUGCGCCUGAGGAACCCCUGGGGCAAUGUGGAGUGGAGCGGUCCGUGGAGUAACAGGUCUAAGGAAUGGGCGUCUCUCUCCAACUCCGAAAGGGAACGUUUACAGCAACAGAACACUCAGGAGGGAGAUUUCUGGAUGUCUUAUGAAGACUUUAUACGGCACUUCACUAAGGUGGAGAUCUGCAACCUCACCCCUGAUGCCCUGGAGGACGAUACAAUCCACAAGUGGACGGUGUCUGUGAACGAAGGGCGCUGGGUGCGCGGUUGCUCCGCCGGGGGCUGCCGUAACUAUCCAGACACGUUCUGGACGAACCCGCAGUACCGCCUGCGCCUGCUAGAGGAGGAUGACGACCCUGAGGACGACGAGGUGGCCAGCAGUUUUCUCGUCGCUCUGAUGCAGAUGAACCGCAGAAAAGAACGCAAGAUGGGCGCCCAGCUCUUCACCAUUGGAUUCGCUAUCUACGAGGUCCCUCCGGAGAUGCAAGGCAAGGAACAGCACCUGCAAAAGGACUUCUUCCUGUAUAACGGCUCAAUAGCCAAGUGCAAGACAUACAUUAAUCUGCGUGAGGUUUCUCAGCGCUUUCGUCUGAGCCCAGGCGAAUAUGUGAUCAUUCCCUCCACCUUCGAACCCCACCGUGAGGGAGAAUUCCUCCUCAGGGUCUUCUCUGAGAAGAGAAACAUAUCUGAAGAAAUAGAGAGCAAGAUUGAAGUUGACGAUCCAGUGAGAGAAAAGCCAAAAAAGAAGAAGGCAAAGCCCAUUGUUUUCGUGUCAGAUAGAGCAAGUGCCAAUAAGGAAAUAGAGCCAGAAGAGGAUGAGGAGCAGAUAACCAAUGGGAAAAAGGACAUAAUAAAGCCAGUUCCCGCAAAACAAGAAACUGAGCAGGAGCGGCUAUUCCGUACCAUCUUUGAGCAGAUCGCUGGAGUGGACAUGGAAAUCUCAGCCAAAGAGCUGAUGAAUGUCUUUAAUAGGGUGCUGGCAAAACAUAAAGAAUAUAAAACAGAUGAGUUCAGUCUGGAGAGCUGCAGAAGUAUGAUAGCCCUAAUGGACACAGAUGGAUCGGGCAAAUUAAAUCUGCAGGAGUUCCAUCACCUAUGGAGCAAAAUCAAAGCAUGGCAGGUGAUUUUUAAACGCUAUGACGUGGACCGCUCUGCGACCGUCAACAGCUAUGAGAUGAGGAAUGCAGUUAACGAUGCAGGCUUUCAUCUCAGCAAUGAGUUGUAUCACAUCAUCACGAUGCGCUAUGCAGAUGAGAAAAUGAACAUCGACUUUGACAGUUUCAUCUGCUGCCUGGUGCGACUUGAAGGCAUGUUUCGUGCUUUCAAUGCCUUUGAUAAAGAUGGAGAUGGCAUUAUCAAACUCAGUGUCCUGGAGUGGCUCCAGUUGACUAUGUAUUCCUAAGGCCCGUGACCUCCACACCCCAAAAGCACCCCUGUCCAUCAGCCAUAUGUGUGGGCCAAGCCUGGGUCAAACCUUACCGGCAUUUUCUUCACUUCUGUCAUUAGUUAAACUUUAAAUGCUUUACUGGCUUGAUAUGUAUUCGGUACAUAUAAAUGAAGCAUAAACAAUUAUUACUGAAUACCACUGAAGAAGAAAUCAGUUAUGUUGUUAGAUGCCAUUGAUAGAGUAUGACAUUGUGAU